AAAUAAUGAAAACCAAAGCACUCACACAUGCCAUCCUCACCAUCGAUUCUCUGCCGAUACUUGCUGGAUCAAUAUCAACUCAUCAGAAAGAGAAAAAGAACAGAUUUUUUUCAAUCAAUAAAGAAGAAGACUUCCUUUUUGUAUUGUUGACAUAGCGGUUCUCUGUUUACUUUGGAGUGAGAAUGGCAAAGAAUGUGGGAGUUCUAGCUAUGGAAAUCUACUUCCCUCCUACCUGUGUUCAACAGGAAGCAUUGGAGACUCAUGAUGGUGCAAGCAAAGGAAAAUACACCAUUGGACUUGGACAAGAUUGCAUGGCCUUUUGUACCGAGGUCGAAGAUGUUAUCUCAAUGGGUUUGACUGCUGUUACUUCACUCCUUGAAAAGUAUACGAUUGACCCUAAGCAAAUUGGCCGUUUCGAAGUUGGGAGUGAGACUGUUAUAGACAAGAGCAAGUCCAUUAAGACUUUCCUAAUGCAAAUCUUUGAGAAAUGUGGUAACACUGACAUUGAAGGGGUGGACUCAACGAAUGCUUGUUAUGGAGGGACUGCAGCUCUAUUCAACUGCGUCAAUUGGGUGGAAAGUAGUUCAUGGGAUGGACGAUAUGGUCUUGUUGUUUGUACUGACAGUGCGGUCUAUGCAGAAGGACCUGCUCGGCCAACUGGAGGAGCAGCUGCAAUUGCUAUGCUAAUAGGGCCUGAUGCUCCUAUUGUUUUUGAAAGCAAAUUUAGGGGCAGUCAUAUGUCUCAUGCCUAUGACUUUUACAAACCCAACCUUGCUAGUGAAUAUCCUGUUGUUGAUGGGAAACUUUCUCAAACGUGCUAUCUCAUGGCUCUUGAUACUUGCUAUAAGUAUUUCUGCUACAAGUAUGAGAAACUAGAGGGCAAACAAUUUUCCAUUUCUGAUGCUGACUACAUUGUUUUCCAUUCUCCAUAUAACAAGCUUGUGCAGAAAAGCUUUGCUCGUUUGUUGUUCAAUGACUUCAUAAGGAAUGCCAGUUCUGUUGAUGACAUUGCUAAAGGAAAAUUGAGUCUAUUUUCAAAUUUGACUGGUGAUGAAACCUACCAGAGCAGGGAUCUUGAGAAGGUAUCCCAACAAGUUUCAAAGUCCCUUUAUGAUGCAAAGGUGCAACCAACCACCUUGAUACCAAAGCAAGUUGGCAAUAUGUAUACCGCAUCUCUUUAUGCUGCAUUCGCAUCCCUUAUUCACAACAAACAUAGUGAAUUGGCUGGAAAGCGGGUAAUAUUGUUCUCGUAUGGAAGUGGUCUGACUUCUACAAUGUUUUCAUUGCGACUCCAUGAAGGUCAACAUCCCUUUUGCCUAUCAAACCUUGCAACGGUAAUGAAUGUUGCUGGGAAAUUGAAGUGGAGGCAUGAGUUCCCUCCUGAGAAGUUUGUUCAGACAAUGAAGCUAAUGGAGCAUAGAUAUGGAGCCAAGGAUUUUGUGACGAGCAAGGACUGCGGCCUUUUGUCUCCAGGAACAUACUACCUCACCGAAGUUGAUUCUAUGUACCGGAGAUUCUAUUCAAAGAAGGAUGGGGACUAUACUGUCUGUGAGACUGGAUCCCUUGCUAACGGACAUUGAAGAACCGAGAGGAAGGCGGCUGUGGCUUGUGCUAAGAUGCGUUAUCUCCAUGUGUAUGUUAAAGAAAAAAAAAGUUCAUUUAGCAGUAAAUCCGUUUUCUCAGCUUAUUCUCGUUUUUCCCACCCUAGCUUCUAAUAAGUUAUGUAAGCCAGUUGUGUUAAAACAGAGUAGUAGGCAAGUUCUUGAAGAUUUAAUAAGAUUUUAUUUACAUUCAUACAAA